UAAAUCGUCUUUGCUGUUUUUGCAAUUAAAAAAUAAAAGGCAGAAGGUCUUGACUUGCUCCCUUGCGCUUGGAGUUCAGUCUGCAUCAGCCCAUAGCUGAAACUGUCAUGUUUUCUUCUGCACCCUCCUAACUUCUGUGCUCCACCGGAUUAUAAAUAGUAUUCCGUGCCUGUCUGUACCUGUGAGUGCCACUCCGAUUAAGUUUGUGUUACUUCUCGCCGACGUUGAUGUCGGGCCAGCCAGGCGCAGUUUCGUGCACGCGUGUGUGUGCUGCGAAGACUUGGAAAAAGCAGGGCACAUCAAAUCGGCAAGACAACGGCGAAUCGUCAGCAAAGCGGAACUCGAAAGGUGGACGACAAAGCCGUUAGCUUAGCUCUUGUCUUCUGAGCCACUAUUGCGGACAAGCAUGACAAAGUUCUCAUGGAUCGCAGCUUGGACUCCAUUGGCAGCUGUUCACUUGAUGUAGACGCGGACUCGUCUGACAUAUCAGAUACCAGUGGCAGCCUUAAUUUUCCAACACCGAUCUCUGUAAGGGACAUAACUGAAGAGUUUACUAACAACCUAAAGGAACGCUGUACUCCACGAUUGCCGCAGCAACCGCAACAUACGUACUCGGCGCUUCUGGAUCCUAGGGCAGGCGUGGUGCGCAUGGUGCUGUCUCCAGCAACGGUGGAAUCCGGCAGUGGUUCAAAUGCCGCAAGCGUCAAUGUUGCCGGAGUGUGUGCCAACAACUCGCUUGAAGCCGUUACUGCCUCUGAUGAGAAAAAGCCGAGUUAUCUCAAUCUGGCGUGUUCUGUUAAUGGUUACUCCAACCUUACCACCUACGACUCGAAGAUCCGUCAGGAUAUUAACAAAUCGCGGGAGGUUUCACCUAUCCGCCCAUCUACCAGUAGUUUGCAAUAUUGCAAACGGAAUUCUUCUCUAACGGCACCAGUUUUGCACAGCAUGCCGCUUAUAAAACUACCGUCUCCGACUUCCCAAUAUUCCGCAACUGGCAGCAACAAGAAUAGCAACGGAAACGGCAUUGAGCAUGGAACUCGUUCUGGACAUCCCAAUGGUAAUGAAGGUGCCCACUGUGAAGCCCCAAAAAGCUUUAUUAAACAGCGAGUGGAACGACUUUACGGGCCAGGAGCAUUGGCCCAAGGAUUUUAUAGCCCUAAAAAAUCCGGUCAUUUUUCUUCACAGUCUGCGACGCGAAUAGCUAACCAAAAGCUUGAAAUUGAGUCUUCGCAGGACUCUGAACUUGCUCGAAAAUUUAAACAGCUUUCCCCCAGCAAGGAUUAUGGAGAAUUCCGAAAAAAACUUCCCAACAAUUGCUCGCAGUCUGGCACAGUGCGAUCGACUGAAUCGUCUGAUUCUUAUGAACAAAAUGUCGAUGUGGAAUUGCCUGUAUUUAGGCAUCUAAGUUACGAGUUUAGAUCACAGUUGCCAACGGUAUCGCCUAAAAGAGCAACCCAUCGAUCCAUCUCUGCUCUUAAGUUGCAGCCUGCAAAUGAAUCUCCAGAGAUUGCUACACAGGAAGAUGUGGUGGAUCACGAACCCUUGAAACCAGUGCAAAUGAUUUCAGAGGAAUAUGAUAGCACAACAAAAAUUAUCCUUCCGACUUCCAGUAAGGAUGGAAAUUACUUUCUUAAAAUACUCAAGGAUGAGCAAGCUCGCCUUUUAGCGCUGGCCGCCCUCGCAGAAAAAUACUUAGAUGCUUUGGUUAAUAAUCCCGAUAUAUCAGAGGAUACUUUCGGGCUUCUCCGAUCCGCGUCGGGAAAAGCCCGUCUUUUAGUAUCACAGAAAAUGAAGCAGUUUGAGGGUCUAUGUCACAAUAACCUAAAUCGCUCGCCCGAAGACGAAUUUCCAACGACAGUGGACGACUUACAGGGCUUCUGGGACAUGGUUUAUUUGCAAGUUACUCAUGUGGAUAAUAUAUUUGCCGGUAUCGAGCAGCUGAAGGCUAAUGAUUGGAAGAGUACUAUUCAAUCGCAAAUGAAGGAAACCCCAAUAAAAAAGAUCAAAUCCGCAAAACCAGGAGCUUUGAAAACGAAAAAUGCUGCAACGAGUAAUACGAUAACUGGAUCAAAAUUGGCACCAGCGAAUACGGCAGCAGCAUUGAAGCGCGAGGCCCAAAGACAGCAGCUGCUGGAAAUGAAACGUCAGCGCCGAGAGGCAAUGGCCGCGGCGGCCAAAUUAACGGAAACCGUUUCUGAUGCCGCAAUUGAACUUUCAGAUACAAUAGGUGAUAGCUCUAGUAAGAUCAAGAACAUCAGCUAAACAAUGCUCAUUGGGAAAAGAAAGCGUGCUCUCUAGAUGUAAAUGUAUGUUAUUUUAACUCGCAAGCAUGAACCACAGAUAUAUAACCGUAAAUGAAAAGAAAAAAAGCUUAGAAAUUCUUAGUUGAAUUAACUCUUUACUAGUCCCAAAUAAAAUGCACUUGGUGGAGCUUCACAAUACUUCAAAUUUGAGUCACAAAUUUUGAAGAACACCGGCGGACAAAAAAAUCUUGAAGCAUACGAUAUUCGUCAUUAACAGCAACUCGCUACCAAAUGUUCAUAAAUGUUGCCUUAUAUUCGAAAAAUUUAAUGUUGCCAGUAAAUAAUUACACAUUGGAGCACUCUUAUUGGAAAUUGUUUAAAUUUUUGUGAUCGAAUUUAUAAAAGACAUUUAUUCAUGUGUAACAAUUUAAGGUUAACAAAAAUUUAAAAUCAAUAUUUUCAAAUUUUUUUAUACUCAUUUUUUUUAAAUACCGAAUAUAAAUUUAGAAGGAAAAUAUACAAUUGUCUCGUGCAGUAAAUGCAUUGAGGUGGAACAUAAUUUUGUUGAAUCUACAUCGGAAAUUAACAAGUCUCACUCAUCAAAUGUGUAAUGUUUUCUAAUAAAAUUUUUUAAUCACUUGA